UUCUCACUGCUCAGACACUUGUUCAAGCACCUGUUCAUCCAUCGCCAUCUUCAACUACUACUCACCGCUGCCGUGAUCCUUCUGCCCCGCACAAUGACCUCUCCAACCAUCUACCUCAUCACCGGCGCCAACAAAGGAAUCGGUCUCGCCCUCACCCAAACCCUCCUCCUCCGCCCCAACACCACCAUCAUCGCCACCGUCCGCAACCCCGCCACGACCACCCUCCACACCCUUCCGACCUCACCCACCUCGUCUCUCAUCGUCCUCACUCUCGACGCCCAAUCCCCCACCAACACCACCACCGCCAUCCAGACCCUCAAAACCACCUACCAAAUCACACACAUCGACACCGUAAUCGCCAACGCCGGCCACUACGACGACGCCGAGUACCGCAUCGACAACGUGCCCCUUUCCACCGUGCAGCUGCACCUGGAAGUGAACACACUCGGUGUGAUCCGUCUCUUCCAGAGUACCUAUGAGCUGCUGAAGAACAGUAGCAAGCCGAUGUUCAUCACCGUGAGUAGCUUCUUGGGGAGUAUUGCGGGACUCACGGAGGAGCAUUUCCCGGGGGGCGCGUAUGGGUUGAGUAAGGCGGCGGUGAAUUGGGCGACGAGGAAGAUGCAUGUGGAAAAUGAGGGGAUGGUUUGUUUUAUUGUGCAUCCGGGAUUUGUCAAGACGGGAAUGGGGAAUGCGUGUGCGAAGAGUAUUGGGUUGGAGGAGGCUUUUACGGAGCCUCAGGAGUGUGCGGAUGCUUUGAUUAAGCUGUUCGAUGGCGCCACAAGAGAGACGGUUGGAGGUCGGUUUGUCACUUACAAAGGCCAGGAGGUUCCUUUUUGAUGCGAAACGUGCU